CGCACCGUCACCAAGAUGGAGGCCGGGACCGCACGGAUGCCGCCGCCGCCGCCGUUCUGGGCCGGGGGCCCGGCCCCGGGGCAAGCGCACGACCCCUGCGCGCCCGGCCCCGCCGCGGGCGUCCUGCCCCGCACCGGCACCCUGAGCCCCAUGGUGACGGGCACGUCGGUGCUGGGGGCGAAGUUCGACGGAGGGGUGAUCAUCGCCGCCGACAUGAUGGGCUCCUACGGCUCCCUCGCCCGGUUCCGCGGCAUCUCCCGGCUGCUGAAGGUGAACGACACCACCAUGCUGGGAGCCUCGGGGGACUACGCCGACUUCCAGUACCUGGCGCAGGUCAUCGACCAGAUGGUGAUCGAUGAGGAGCUGCUGGGAGACGGGCACAGCUACAGCCCGAAAGCCAUUCAUUCCUGGCUGACAAGAGUCAUGUACAACCGGAGGUCCAAGAUCAACCCGCUCUGGAACACCGUUGUCAUCGGAGGCUUCUACAACGGCGAGAGCUUCCUGGGUUACGUGGACAUGCUCGGCGUCGCCUACGAAGCCCCCACGCUUGCGACGGGUUACGGAGCGUACCUGGCUCAGCCGCUGAUGAGGGAAGUCCUGGAGAAGAAACCCAGCCUCACGCAGGAGGAGGCCCGCGACCUGAUUGAGCGUUGCAUGAAGAUUCUGUACUACAGGGACGCUCGGUCCUUCAACAGGUAUGAAGUAGCUAUCGCGACGGAGAAAGGGGUGGAGGUGGAAGGACCCCUGACCCUGGAAGCCAACUGGGACAUAGCUCACCUGGUCAGUGGCAUCGAGUGACCCCUGGAGAGCUGGCCAGGCUGCUGUGUCCACGUUACCACCCUUUGUAUGUGCUGUAAAUCUGAUGCUCCUUUUGAAGCUCUGAUUCUGGGUUGUUUUGGAAGUGAAAUAAACCUGUUAAGACAAA